AAUAAGAUGUUGAUAUUUGCAUUUAAUCACAUAUUUUAAUUUAAAUUGAGUUCCUGAAGAAUUGAAAAUGCAUCUCUGUUUUAAUAUGUGAUGACAAACAGUUAUCUGUUUUUGAGUAUGUGCGAUGGGAAUAUGGGUUUGAAUAAGGAGACAUUCUCGCAGUAAUGGGUUAUGCGAGUGUUGGAGGGUGUGAUAACCUCCUCUUAUGAGUCACCGCGAGCGUGUGUGAUGCGCUACAGACUCCCUCCGCUCCGCUGUCCCAGAGUCUUCAGCAAACACGGAAGAAGCGGAAGAACACAGCGGCACACGCCAAAGAAUGACCUGGAUACCGCGAGUGUGGAUAUCAACGUCGCUCCAGAUCCACGGAGUCCAGUCCUGUGCGCUCUGUUUCAGCCAGCAGUGAUGUGAGGUUUCUACUGGAUCAGCAAAUACUCUGUAUAGGUAUGCGCUAUCAAGUGUUAGGGUUAUUUUUACACUUCUGUCAGUUCUGCUGGUUUUCGUGUGGAAAGAAAUAUAUAUGGCCGAGCAUAGUUGGUAUUGAAUCAUUUUGACAUGAAAGACCUGCGCAUAGAUGCGUCUUGGAUAGGAGUUUGGUCACACUGGCAUCUAUCUCAGAGGCAGACUGGACGCUCAGUGUCUAAAAUGAUGUCAGGAUUGUUGUCCUGAUGGGAAAACUAUCCUUCUGGAUGUGGCCUUCAAAUGUGAAUUUUCCACAAGAAAGGAACCAAAGAGCAUCCUGACUUUGUCAAGUUGGAUUGAUUUUGAAUGCCAAGUGCAUUUUGAUUUUCGUCUCUCCUUCGCGUGUACGGUCCAUUUAUUCCUUCCGCCUUUCCUUUCUUCCAUUCACCCUGCUGCAAGGUCUGUUUCUCUGUUGUGCAGGAGGACGCGGAGGGUCCGACAUGUCUGCCAAGGCUCCCAUAUACCUUAAACGAAGUAGCCGUAAAGGAAAGAAGGAAAAAUUGCGUGACAUUCUUUCCUCUGACAUGAUCAGUCCUCCGUUGGGAGACUUCAGACACACCAUCCACAUUGGCAAUGGUGGGGGUGCAGAAGAUCUUUUUGGUGACCUGUCUUUCUUACAAGGUAAAUUUCACCUGUUACCAGGGCAACAAGGUCACCAGGGGUCUUCCCAGCUAAGUCGCACAGCGAGUGUAAGAAAUCCCCCGCCGUCCUGUGAUAACUCGCCCCUCUUAAAAAAUGCCCUGUCUCUUCCUAUCAUUGGAGGGGUGCAGGCGCUCACCCUUCCAGCCCCGAUGGCCACAGCCCCUCUGACUUCAACAGCAAUGGAGACCCCUGAGGUCCCGACAGCACCGACAACGGCCCAGUCACCCCCAACAUCUCCAUCUCUCGCUCCACCUCCCAAACCUCCCAGACUGCACCUGGAAGAGAGGAUCGUGUCACGGCAUUCAUCACUUCCUGCAUCUACAAAACGCUCUCCACUUCAUCUGCACACAAAUGGACAAAGACCAGAUCCUGAGGAAAAUGAGAAGUGUGUGAAGGAUAGGGAUGAGGCGGAGAAGCCGUAUCUGACCAACGCUGGCUCGAUGCUUUCCCUCCAUCUGGACUUGGGGCCAUCGAUCCUAGAAGAUGUGCUUCAGAUCAUGGACAACCAGAGGACAGGGACAUUCAGUGGGGGACUUAAACCUAGUGGACGACAAGAGAUAUAUACCUGAAAGUGAUCAAGAUAUCAGAAUCAAAGCUCGAUGGUGCAUAAAUGGACUAAUCGCAUUUUUCUUCAUGUAUCAAAACAGUUUGCCUUGUGAAAGAACUCAUUUACCUGCUGUACAAUUGCAUUUCCUGGAUAUUUUGAAAUUGUAUGCUUAUUAUACAUAUAAUCUUUGAAAAAGACCUUUGGUAGCUACAGGAUUGGAACCGAUGUGAAUUGAAUCGAUCAUUGGAUUUCUCUGUGUUCAUAUAGAUUGUUUUACUUCCUCUCUGUUUGUUUUGGACUACAAGCAAUACACUAACUCUGGCUACUCUUCGAUACAUUAUGAAACAUCUGAAAACAUUUUAGCAAGCUCAUCUAAUACUACCUGCAGUGUGUAUGUACUAUUACAGAGCAACAUGCUAUAGGCCUCCUGGAUUCACUUCAGAAAAAAGUGAAUUUUCUCUUUCAAAGCAGCAAUGACAUCAUCCUCCCCCCCUUUCUGUGUUGUUGCAAUUUGUGUAAUCGGGUAAAAAUGCGCAGCUCCUCCCCAAUGAUCUGGACACACACACAUGCCAGGAGGCCUCUGCAUCUACACCCUGGGAUUGGAGCUUUCUCUUCUUGUUGGGAGUUUUUUUUUUUUUUUUCAUUGUUCCAAAACAAAACCCAAAGGUUGUUUUUUGAUGGAGCAGGAAUAUGGAAUGUUUCCUUUCAUAAAAUACACAUUUUUUUACUGUG